ACCUUGUGGGACAUCUUGUGAUCCCAACCCAUGUAGGAAUGGCGGAGAGUGUGAGGAGAGCUCCGAGAGCGCCGCUGGAUAUGCUUGUGCUUGUCUGGAGGGAUUCACGGGCCUCCGCUGUGACACCCCCGUUAACAUCAAUUGCCUUUCAUACGAAUGUCAGCGGGAAAAGGCGUGCUCCUUGGGGGAACAUACCUCUCCUGAGUGUGCGGCCUCAGUCUGGCAGUGUUCAGAUGGCACCACAGGCCCACAGUGCAGGAGGCAGCGAGGCCCGUGCAGCCCUUCGCCCUGCCACAACAACGCCAGCUGUGUAGUCCAGGGAGAGGACUACGUCUGCAGGUGCCUGCCAGGGUUUUCCGGGAAGAGCUGUGAAGAGAUAAUAGACUACUGCAGUCUGCUCAGUGUCAACUGUCUGCACCAGGGACUGUGCCUCAGCGUAAUUGGUGGAUAUAAUUGUCUCUGUGCUCCUGGAUGGAUAGGGGAGUUCUGUCAGUAUGGAGGGAACGCCUGCCUGAUCUACCCAGACAGCUGUAUGAAUGGGGCCACCUGCAUCACCACAAGUCAACCUACGGCUCCCCCACAGUACAGAUGUAUCUGCAGCCCUGGUUACACAGGACCCCACUGUGAGACAGAAAUGAACCAGUGUUUCUCCAACCCCUGCCUGCACAAUGGGACAUGCUUGGACUCUGUUGGCUUCUACAAAUGCAGGUGUCCACCAGGAUUUCUGGGCCAGAAGUGUGAGGUGGAUGUGGAUGCCUGUACCCUACCCAACACCACAUGCCCUAGAAACACACAUUGUCUGGAUCUGCCUGGUGGACUGAAGUACACAUGUCGCCUGCUGUGCCCACCGAACAUACAACCAUGUGCCAACGGAGGACGUUGUGUCUUGAACAACGCCAGCAGUUACGCCUGUGUCUGUGCACCUGGAUGGGCAGGACGUAACUGCCGCUUAAACAUCAACGAUUGUGUUCAGCACUGGUGCCAAAACGGGGCCACUUGUGUAGAUGAGAUUGAUGGCUACAGCUGCCUUUGUCCCAGAGGAUACAGCGGUAGCUACUGUGAGAUGGACGUUGAUAACUGCAUUGGACACCACUGCUCUGAGCACGGCGUAUGUCUAGACCAACAAUACAACUAUACUUGUCGCUGUGAGCUCGGGUUCCAGGGGACCUACUGUGAGCAGGAGACGGAUGAGUGUAAGAGUUCCCCGUGUGUCAAUGGUGCCACCUGUGAGGAUGUCAUCGGAGGCUAUCACUGUCACUGCCCCCCAGGGUUUGAAGGGAGAUGGUGCUCAGAGAAUGUUAAUGACUGCUGGUCAAGGCCGUGUUUGAAUGGAGGUUCCUGUAUGGAUCUGCUGAAUGGAUACAUCUGCCACUGUCCUUUUGGGUUUCAAGGGGAAGAUUGUUCCGUGGAUAUGGACCUCUGCUCACUAGGAACAUGCCAAGAACGCACGGUGACCUGCACUGAGACUGGGAAUGGACAGAACGUCACAUGUAUUUGUGAAAAAGGCUUUGGUGGGCCGUUCUGUGAGGUGAAUCUGAACGACUGCAAGUCGAUGCCGUGCCAGAACGGAGCUGUGUGUGUGGACGGUGUUGACCUGUAUCACUGCUUCUGUCCAGCUGGGUUUCAGGGGCUGAACUGUGAAAUCAACUACGAUGAAUGUGUUUAUGGAUUCUGCGCCAACAAUUCCACAUGUGUUGACCUGGUUGCCGAUUAUGGAUGCAUCUGCCCAGUGGGGUUUGUUGGUAAAAACUGCUCUACACCUGUUAUUGAAUGUGCGUCAGGAGAUAGGACAAAAUGCAAAAAUGGCGGCACCUGUUAUAUCUUUGCCGGAGUGGUUCACUGCACUUGUCCACCAGGAUGGGGAGCCGAUGACUGCUCUGCACCCGUGAACCAGUGUGAGUUGAAUCCCUGUGACCCGGAGGGGACCCUGUUCUGUGAAGAGCUGCCGAACGGCUUCAAAUGCGUCUGCCAACACGGGUACAUGGGGCGGCUGUGCGAAAUCCCCAUAAGUCACUGCGUCGAUGGGCUGUGUCAUCGCGGAUCAAAGUGUGUGGAUCUACCGAGAGGAUUCAAGUGCCAUUGUUUACCCGGUUUAACGGGACAAUUCUGUGACGUGAACAUAGAUGACUGUGAAGAGAAGCCGUGCGGUGUUCUGAGUGUUUGCAAAGACACCGUCAACGGCUACAAUUGUUUCUGUGCACCUGGAUUCAUUGGUAAUAACUGUGAGGUGGAGGUAAACGAGUGUCUGAGCCAGCCCUGCCACAACGGAGCUUCCUGCUCUGAUGAGCUCAACGCAUUCAGCUGCUUAUGCCCAAUCGGAGUCACAGGUGACUACUGUGAAAUCAACAUUGAUGAGUGUCUGUCAGGGCCAUGCAGACACAAUAGCACGUGUUUGGACCUGGCCAAUGGCUAUGAAUGUGUCUGUCUACCUGGCUUUACUGGCGCUGGGUGUGAGUUCGACAUUGACGAGUGUGCCUCUUCUCCCUGCAAGAACGGAGCCACUUGCAUUGACCAGCCUGGCAAUUACCACUGUCAGUGUGUGGCUCCAUUCAAAGGUAGGAACUGUGAGUUCCUCCCCUGUGAGGCCAACAACCCCUGUGAGAACGGUGCUGAGUGUGUAGAGGAACCUGAUCAGGUCCAUUUCCCUCUGGGUUUCCGCUGUCGCUGUCGACGUGGCUUCACAGGCCCCCGCUGUGAGAUCAACAUGGACGAGUGCAGCUCCAACCCCUGCCUUCACGGCUUCUGCUACGAUGUGGUAGAUGGGUUCUACUGCCUGUGCAACCCUGGCUAUGCUGGUGUGAGAUGUGAGCAGGACAUAGACGACUGUGCCAGCAACAUGUGCAGCAACAACUCAACCUGCAGAGACCUCCACUUGACUUACGAGUGCCUCUGUGUCCCCGGAUGGGAGGGCGAGUUCUGCCAACAGGAAAUAGACGAGUGUUCAUCACAGCCGUGCUUAAACAACGCCACCUGUACUGACCUCCUCAACAGCUACCAGUGUCUAUGCCCGCAGGGCUGGGUAGGUGUGGACUGCUCUGAGGAUGUGGAUGAGUGUGACUCUGGGCCCUGUCUGAACGGAGCUCAGUGUCAGGAGUCACCCCUACCUGGGGAGUUCAGCUGCACCUGCCCCCCCUUCUUCAGUGGGCCCUUAUGCAACAUGCCCUUUGACCCCUGUGACCCUGCCCACAAUCCCUGCCUGCACAAUGCCACCUGCCUGACUCGUUCUGAUGGAACAGCAGCCUGCAGAUGCCGACCCG